UAAUGCGUUAUUAUCCUCCACCAGAGAGGACCCAUAGGCCAUAUGCAUGUAGGCAUGUAGCUGCAAGUCUCUCUCUCUCUACACCCUAUACUUAGUAGCGGAGAUCAUGCUGUCCCUGUCGCUGCCUAAGUGGUUGGAGGACUGACUAGUUAGUGCCAGACCCAGACUAGAGACGGGCAAGCCAGCAGCCAAUUCGUCCGUGUUGUUGUUGCUGUUGUCGUCGUCCACUAUUUAGUUGCUUUGCGCGCGUGCAGAGAGCGAGCUACCUACCCUAUAGAGUGUACAUAGCAAGCUCCGCCGCCGUCGCCAUUCCUAGACACACCUUAGCUCGCUCUCGCCCAUGUCCGUGACAACAAGGGAGCCGGAGCUAUAGCUGACACCCGCUUUCGUCCUUUGUCCUUUCGCGGCAUUCCUCUUGGCCUUGGAUGGAGGGGUGCCCGUGCCUCUGAGCUCCGGCCUCCGGGAAUUAAUAAAGCAAGAUAGGAGGAUAUCGCCAUGCAGGCGGCGGCCAAGGCCAAGACAAGCAUGCACGAGCUGACGAGCUAAUCGCCUACUCUGUGACUGUACACGCGCUCACGAAAGCGCAGAAGCGAGGCAUGUUCUCUCUGCUCAGCAGUGGUCGCAAAGCAACAGAGGCUCACAGACAGCUGCAGCGACGGUUUGAGAAUUGAGACGGAGUUAUGCGACCGGGCGGCUCUAAACUACGUACCGUAUUGCUUUCCUCCUCAUCAGCAUCUAUCUACCCACGUCUCCCAUUUAUUUUUUACCUUUUUCAUGGAGCGAGCCGACGAGGAGGAAGCGACCAAGUUUUCAAAUCACAGCCGCAUGUGAUGUGACCAUGGGGGUGUCCGUGUCCCUCCCGUUCUUGAGCUCGGAGCCAAGGAGGACAGGCAGGUCCACUUGUUUGCCUAACCCGCAUCUGUCCGGGCGGCCUUUUUGAUCCCCGCCCCUCCGCCCCACCCCAUCUCACUCACACUCUGCCCGGCCUUUUGAUCCCCUCCACGCCCGUGCUCGCCUACGCGGCGGAGAUUAUGUUAAGCUAAUGCUCCUAUCCCAGUUCGGCCUCGGAGUUGCUCUUGCUCCUCCCCUCCACUUCCUGUCGGCCUCUUGCGCUUUCCGGCCUCGGAUUCUUUGUGUGCCCACCAUUGCAUCUAGCUGCGGCUUCUCUCCUUCGCUCUGCAUCUGAGUCGAGCACUCGAGCUGGAGCAUCGAUCCGCCUCGUCCUUCCAGACGCGGCUUCAGCUAGAAUCCAUCGCUCUUUUUUUAGUUCGGUUUCCAUUUCCCAUCAGAGCUUCCAACCGGUUCUACUCGAUUUGGAUUUUUGGAGCUGGAGUCUCCCAGAGCAAAACUUCCCCUCCCCUUCCCUCCUCCUCCCCCCUUGCAUUUGACAUGAGGAGGAGAAGAGACGCUGCAAUCUCCCCCAUGUUAUAAGGCUAAGGCAUGCUGUCGUUGAACAAAAUGCAUUUCCUCAAGUUAUAUUCCAGCACCAGCAGCAACAGCAACAGCUUCAGGAAUGGCUCCUCGGAACACCCCGCCCGGACGUCCUCCCAGGGCAGCAACAAGGCCGGGCGGACGGCGAGGAUGGCCGAGUCUCCCACCGGCCUCAGCCCCAAGGUGGACCGCCGCACGGCGGUGAGCGCCGAGAGAGAGAAAAGGAGGCCACCGACGACGAAGCUGUCGGAGCUGGAGUCCCAGCUGUCGCAGCUGCAAGAGGAGCUCAAGAAGGCCAGGGAGCAACUACACUCCUCUGAACUCUCCAGGAAGCGGGCCCUGCAGGAGGCCGACGACGCCAAGGCGCAGGCGCGCGACUCCAAGGCGCAGCUCGCCGAGCUCUCGUCGGCCGAGGAGACCCGACUCCUGGAGCUGCGACGUCUAUCGCAGGAGCGCGACCGCUCGUGGCAGUCGGAACUGGAGGCCAUGCAGAAGCAGCACGCCGCGGACUCGACCGCUCUGGCCGCGGCGAUGGGCGAGGUGCACCGCCUCCGCGUUCAGCUCGCCGCCGCGGCGCGCGCCGACCGCCGGCAGGACGUGGUGGAGGCGUUGGCCACUAUCGACGAGCUCAGGGCGAAGCUCGAGGCGAGCGAGGAGGCCGAGGCGCAGGCGCGCGCCAUGCACGAGGAGUGCAAGCAGCAGCUGGAGGCGAGCCGGGCCACCAUCGAUUCGCUGCUCACCGACGGGUCCAAGCUGAUGGACUCGUUCAGCCUCGUGGUGAAGGAGCUCGAGGAGUCGCGUGCCAAGGUCAAGGCCCUCGAGGACGAGAUCGCGGAGACGUCGUCGAGGGCCGCAGGCGACCACUGCAGUUGCUCGGGCUCGGAGUCAGAGGCCUCCGAGCUGAGGGCGGAGCUAGAGGCCGCGGAGGCCAGGUACCAAGAAGAGAAGAUCCUUAGCACUGUCGAGACGCAGUGCGCGUACGAGCUCAUGGACCAGAUAAAGACAGAGUCCGACCUGCGGCACGGCAAGCUCGCGGCGGCGCUCGAGGGCGCCAAGUCCGAGGUCAUCUUCCUCAAGGCGAGUCUGUUCGACAAGGAAUCCGAGCUACGUAGUGCCCUGGACGCGAUCAAGAAGCUACAAGCGGAGACGAGAGCAGACGGCUCGGCCGACGCGCUGAAGCAGCAGCUGCAGUGCGCGCUGCACGAGAACGGGCAGCUGAAGCAGGAGUUGCACCAGUACGAGUCCGAGAAGGGCUCCGCGACCGCGAGGACGGCGGAGGCCGACGCGUCGGAAGCGGCGAAGAAGGGUGAGAUGGAAACCGAGCUGCGCCGCCUGCGGGUACAGGCCGAGCAGUGGCGGAAGGCCGCGGAGACAGCCAUGGCGCUGCUGACGGUUGGCAAGGGCGGGAACGGCAAGUUCGUGGAGCGGAGCGAGUCGUGGGAGGGCGUUAAGUACGCGGGCCUCUGCGAGGAAUUGGACGACGACGCGGCUGUCAGGAAGAACGGCAACGUGCUCAGGAGGAUCAGCGGCAUGUGGAAGAAAUGAGUGCGAUCGGGCAGCUGAGCGGCGGACGCGGCGAGGGCUGUACUGAUCUGUAGCCUUGGGUCUCUCUGGUGUAAUUGUUUUUUUUAAAAGGAGGAUGACCCUAUGGUUUUAGAAAAAGAAAGGUAACAAAUAUAAUACAUGAGUUGCCAGUGACAAAA